AUGGGAUUGGACUGUGCGGCUCUUCUCUCUGUCCUCUCAGUGCUUGUCGAUGUUGCUCUUUCGCAAAGUACUGCAACAGCUCCUGGACAGCCUCUCCAAACCGGACCUGUGGGCCAGUUCCAGAUUGUCGGCGAAAGUUUAGUUAGCGCUCAGCAGCUUUUCUUGGGAACGGAGGACAAGGUGUACAUUGUAGACAAGGUGGAAAGUAAUCCUGGUCAAGUCAACGGGCAUCCAGCAUGGGCUGUUGAGUAUAGUGUUUCCGCUAAUAACGCGAAACCAAUGGACAUCGUGACAAACACAUUCUGUGCAGGUGGUAACGUCAUGGGCGAUGGAACAUGGCUCAACGUUGGUGGAAACCAGGCCGUUACUUAUGGUGGCCUCACCGCCACAAGUCAGAAAGGAGGUAAACCGUAUAACGACCCAGAUGGCAGACAAUCUCUCCGAGUACUGAAUCCCUGCGACGACGGUUCUUGCGAUUGGCGUGUAUUUGGAGAUAUGUCGACACAAAGAUGGUAUCCUACAGUAGAAACCUUAGAAGAUGGAUCGCUUAUCAUCCUCGGCGGGUGUGAAAAUGGAGGAUACGUCAAUGAUGCAGGGCAAGACAAUCCUACUUACGAGUUCUUCCCCAGUCAAGGAGACCCUAUCCCUUCACACAUUCUUCAAAACACUCUGCCCACGAAUUUGUACCCUCUAACCUGGCUCCUACCUUCCGGAAGGAUCCUAUUGCAAUCGAAUUGGAACACUUCGCUUUUGGAUUACCACACUUAUGAGGAGACGGCUCUUGACCCCAUACCAGAUGCCGUACGAACAUACCCUGCCAGUGCCGGCACUGUCAUGCUGCCUUUGACACCCACCAAUAACUGGACUGCCAGAGUUUUGUUCUGCGGUGGAUCUAAUCUUCAACCCAACGAAUGGGUCACGACUUGGAACAUUGCAGCUAACCCGACGUCCACGUCUUGCGUGACAAUCAGUCCAGACGUUUCUGGAUCGUACUCUCAAGAUGAUCCUCUUCCAGAGGGACGUUCAAUGGCGAAUUUCAUUUUCUUGCCGGAUGGGCGGAUCCUGUGCCUCAACGGCGCAAACCUCGGCACCGCUGGAUACGGUAAUAAUUCUUGGGCUAUAGGCCAGUCAUACGCGGACAAGCCAGUUCUGCAGCCAAUCAUCUACGAUCCCUCUGCGCCGCAGGGACAACGCUGGUCAAGCAAAGGUAUGUCUCCCAGUACGAUCCCGCGGAUGUACCAUUCGUCUGCGACUCUCCUUCCUGAUGGUUCUAUAUUCGUUGCGGGAUCGAAUCCUAACGCCGAUUACAACGUGGGCGUGAUCAUUACGUACCCUACGGAGUAUCGGGUGGAGAAGUUCUACCCGUCAUACUACAACCAACGUCGUCCGGAGCCCUAUGGUAUCCUGAAGCAAUUGUCAUAUGGUGGACCAUACUUUAAUAUCACCCUGGACUCAAAGGAUCUUUACGGCGAUGUCCAGAAUGUGCAGUCAGCCAAGGUCGUAAUAAUCCGUACUGGAUUCUCAACGCAUGCGAUGAACAUGGGUCAACGUUAUGUUGAGCUUCAGUCCAGUUACACUGGAUAUGCAAACAACACUGCUACUCUGCACGUUAGCCAACUCCCUCCCAACCCUGCCGUUCUCGUACCUGGACCUGCUCUGCUGUUUGUUGUCAUCAGUGGCAUCCCCUCCGUUGGUGUUCAAGUCAUGGUUGGCUCUGGUAAAGUUGAGAAGCAAACCAUCAACUCAUCUGCCAGUCUUCCGGGAUCGAGUGUCCUUCGGGCUUCGGACGGUAACGGUUCUUCGGGCGGGGGUAGCUCGAACAGUAACAACACCAAGAGUGCCGGUUUCUCAAGCAGAACUUAUUCUUCGUGGACUGUUCUGUUCGUUAUCUUCGCGUCAUUUGUUUUUGCAUCGCGAUCGUGAAGUUCUCACUUCAUGGCUUACUUGGUUAUUUUUGGCUAUGCCGUCUCGAAUGGACUACUUAUUGACUACCUUAUUCGUUACAUAGUAUAAACAUAUUGCUCCUUAGUACAAAUCAAGCAGGAUCUCAAAC